AUGUAUGAGGCGCUUUUGCAAGCUAAAGAGACGCUACGGGAGAUCUGGCUUGAUAUCUGCCUGCAGAACUUGGCGCGCGAGCCGGCGGGACUAAAGUGGCCGACUUUUACCAACUUUACAGCCCUUGAAGUGCUGCACAUCUCCAUAUUUCUACUCGAGGACUUUACCGGCGAGCCACGAACAAUCAGACUCACCGAGCUUCUCCCGCGAACACUCGAAACCAUGCAUAUCUUCGAUGCAGCAUACGAUACCCUCCCAAACCUCUUACCUUCCCCUCCCUACGUGAAUAUAUUACCUCCCCACACAGCCAGAAUCUAA